AUGGCUGAAUGCGAAGCCUUGAGAAACAUUAAGCAUCGGAAUCUUAUUAAAGUCUUAACUUGUUGCUCAAGCAUUGAUUUUAAAGGCAACGAGUUCAAGGCUUUGGUUUUUGAGUACAUGCCCAAUGGAAGUUUAGAGAAGUGGUUGCACAGAGAUGGGGAUGAUCAGUUGAGGGGAAAUUUAAACUUUAUUCAAAGGCUAAAUAUAGCUAUUGAUGUGGCUUCUGCACUGGAUUAUCUACAUCACCAUUGCCAUACAUCAAUCAUUCAUCGCGAUUUAAAACCGAGCAACAUUCUUCUUGAUGAUGACAUGAUUGCUCAUGUGGGUGAUUUUGGAUUAGCGAGGUUCUUAUCUGAGGUUGCUCAAACCAACUCGCUUGGGGUGAAGGGAUCUACCGGCUACAUCGCUACGCCACUAUCUUUAUUUGUAUCUAAGUGGUUGCUUACAUUGAAAUAUGAGACAUAA